AGUGACUCGCAGCCCCUUGGAGGAAGGGUUUACAGUCUGGUUCAAUGACUCUCAGCGGCCCCUCCCGUAUGGAUUGUUUCAGCCCCCCUGCCUGGAACUAGGAGCCGGGGAUAAGAACAAGAUCCGCUCAUUUCGCUCCAGAUCCACUCCAGAUCACCCGUCUUCCAGGGGACAGGGAAGGGAAAUGGCUGAGAUGGAGAUAGCUCAGAUGCCGGUGACCUUCGAGGAGGUGGCUGUGUAUUUCACCCAGGGGCAGGGGGCUCUGCUGGACCCCGCUCAGAGAGCCCUCUACAGGGAUGUCAUGCAGGAGAACUACGAGACGGUGACCUCGCUGGGAUUCCCCCUUCCCAAACCUGACCUAAUCAGCCGGCUGGAACGAGGGGAAGAGCCGUGGGUGCCUGAUCUACAGGCCUGCGAGAAAAGAGAGAUCUCAAGAGGUUCCCGCACAGGGACAAUGACUCCUGUCUGGCUUGUCUCUCUCCCAGCAGGCUAUUCACACUGGAGAGAGAUCCCAUAA